AUGAGCAACGAUGUCUUUGAAAUUCCAGCUUCAACGGAUAUAUCAAUCGAAGAAUCACAGGGUGAUGGUCCAGAAACCGCCGCGUCUCCCGUGGAGGCACAACCGAAACUCCAAGGCCAGCGGCAUAGAAGGACGUUUGCCGACUUCGUUGAUAUCCUGCUUAAUCCCCUCGGCCGGACGGUUAUCUUAACGUACACUUACUUGCGGGCACACAGUCCGCUGUCCAAGAGCGGAAGCUCGCAGUUGAAGCAUACGUUCUUGAGGUCUGAGCCAGCGUACCAGCACCCCAGUGCGCAACAGGAAGCGGACGUCGACCAGAGUUCCUUCACGGGAUGGCAAAUGUCACUGCAACUAGGCGUUUCUUCCCCGUCAAAUAUUGUCUUUCUAGCUCCUCGAAAGACAGUUCUCUGGUGGCUGAUGGGCCUCAGCUCUAUACCCGUCCACCUCCUCCUCAACUCGGCCUUCUUCGCUUCGCUUCAAUCGAACGACUACGGAAUAGUCGUGGUGGCAUCUGACUUCAUUGAAAGCUCGCAUUGGUCUCCUUGUACGGAAAACAACAGCAAAUACCAGACGGAUACAUGGACCUCGCUAACGUGUCCUAUUUUCACAGAAGCUACGAGUGGCGACGACUAUGAGAACCUUGAUAAUCACGACUGUAUUUUGCGAUAUUCGAAUCCCUUGCUCAGUAAAUAUUCCAACGUGGUCCUCGUAUCGAACCUGAGAUCUUCGGAUCGCAGUAACAUGUCGACCUCCAGUUUCGCCGGCUUGGACAAUUUCAAUUUUACCGUCGAGAAUUCAUGGAAUAAUAUUGACUCCGGCUACAUCCACCUUGGUUCUCGACUUGAGCCGGAGCUACUAAAUUUGUCAGCUCUGUUUGGAGUUUUCGACUCACUCGAUUAUCGAGCAUGGCGUUUAGGCGGCGGUCAGACAAUAGAAUGGUGGGAUCAAACCACAUAUGAACCGUCGUCCUGGAUGUGUCAGUGGGACUAUUCUUUGCCAUGCACUAGCAACGCAGCGCUGCGGAAUGAAUCAGAUUGGAGGGUCACUCUAGAUAACAUCCCCAUCGACCAUUGUUUGAGCAAAAGAACGGCAGACAAAGUCUGCUGGCUGCAAUAUAGCGGUCUUAUCUUUAGCAUCAUUGUGGGAUGCGACAUCGUCAAGGUUCUUGUGAUCAUACAGGCUCUGCGUUCGAUUAAAGAGACCCCUCUCGUGACGAUUGGAGAUGCCAUCGCUGUUUUCCUCAAUAUCCCUGAGCCUUACACCAUCGGAAAGUGUCUUACAGACCAGGAAAGGGCACUACUCGAAUCAGAUUUCUUCUGGUUUUCGCCGCAUGACUUUGAAAGAAUCGUCGGUGAUGGUACAGUUGCUACUAUCUGGUCGCAACAUUUUGGUCCUUGGCCGACAGCGUGGGUGGUGCCAAAAAAGCGAUGGUUCAGUGCUCUCUCGAAACCAAGGUGGGUUUCUUUCCUAUUCUUCCUCCUGCUGAUAUUUGUUGGUGCUGGAUUGACGCUUGCUGGAGGUCUUGUAGACCUCGAUGACCUCGCGAUAGGAAGUGUAUGGACUACUGGGCUUAUGUCGGUAAAUCCAAAUGCAAUUUUCCAAAGCACAACAUCCAGCGACUACGGCACGGAUACCGGCUUCAUAUACCAAGUUCUCCUGGUCAACACACCGCAAUUGCUACUGAGCUUUUUAUAUUUUAUGUACAACGGCAUUUUCACAACCAUGCACGCUACGCAGGAGUUCGCGGGAUUCGCAACCCAGCGCAAAACUCUACGAGUCAGCUCGCCCGAGCCUGGUCAACGAUCAACCUACUGGCUUAACCUGCCAUGGUCUUACAGCAUUCCCUUGCUCAUCCUGUCGAGCAUCCUCCACUGGCUGCUAGCGCGCAGUCUAUAUCUUGUCAAUAUCAAUGUUAUCGAGCCUAACGGGAAUUGGCAGCAAUGGCGCGAUAUUACUGCGAUUGGCUUCAACAAUCUGAUGCUGCUGCUCGUCAUGGUUCUUCUGCUAUGCAUGCUGUUGUUUCAAAUCGCCUGCGGAUUUCGAAAGCUUAACGAUCCGAUUCCAUUGGUUGGAACGGCCAGCGUUGCUACAUUGCUAUGUGCUAUCAUCCCAAUGAUCCGAAUACCGAGGCUGUCAAGCCGCUACUAUGGGGUGUCACGCAGAGACCUUUUGAUGGGAAACCAGGACACUGCGCGCUGUCGAGCGGUCUGGUGGAGACUCCGGUCGCAGCAGAGAUUUACAAAUAACUCUUCGCGCGAAAAGAUAGACAAGCAACAGGCUUGCCUGGUGGCCCUGACGAAUGGCGAGGCAUGGGCAUUUGCUCAACCUGCUCGCACGGUCCUGGGCCUGGGGUGA